AUGUUUAACCUAACAGUGAUAGGGUUUCUUUUAUUCAUGUUCUUGAGAGUACUAUUUUCUUGCUGGAUUUUGCCUGUUUUUGUAUAUCAGAAGAUUAAGAGAAGUGGGUUUCGAGGUCCAACUCCAAUAUUUCCUUUAGGGAAUAUUAGUGAGAUGAAGAAUAAGAAGAAGAACAGGAGUAAUUCAUCAGUUGGAUGCUCACGUAUAUCCCAUGAUAUACACUCAACUCUCUUUCCCUACUUUGCUCGGUGGCAACAGUCGUAUGGAAAAGUGUUCAUCUACUGGCUGGGCACAGAGCCAUUUUUAUACAUUGCAGAUCCAGAAUUUCUUAAAAAAUUGUCUGCAGGGGUUAUAGGAAAGAGUUGGGGAAAACCAACUGUGUUUAAAAAAGACAGAAAACCCAUGUUUGGUGAUGGUCUAGUUAUGGUGGAAGGAGAGGAAUGGGUUCGUCUUCGGCACGUAAUCACUCCUGCAUUUUCUUGGGCCAAUUUGAAGCCUAUGAUAAGUCUGAUGGUGGAGUCGGCCUCUAAGAUGCUCGACAGGUGGAUUAGCCUCAUAAAUUCAGGCAACCAAGAAAUCGAUGUGGAAAGAGAGAUUAUAACAACAGCCGGUGAAAUAAUCGUUAAGACCAGCUUCGGUAUCAGCUACGAAGACGGCAGUGAAGUGUUAAAAAAAUUAAGUGCCAUGCAAGUUGCCCUUUUUAAGUACAACCGCUAUGUGGGUGUCCCUUUUAGCAAUUUUAUGAACCCUAAGCGAAACUUGGAGGCCAUAAAACUUGGAAAAGAAAUAGAUAGUCUACUUCUAUUGAUCAUAGCUGCUCGAAAAAAUUCCUGUAACCAGCAUCCUUCAAAAGACUUGAUGGGAUUAUUGCUGGAAGCAAACAAUGUAGACGAUCCGCGAGGGAAGACUUUAAAUUCAAGGGAACUAAUAGAUCAGUGCAAGACUUUCUUCUUUGGUGGCCAAGAAACCACGGCGUUGGCACUGUCCUGGAGUUUACUGCUUUUGGCCAUGAAUCCAGACUGGCAAAACCAGCUGAGAGAGGAGAUAAGAGAAGUAAUAGGAGAUAAAGAAGUGCAUUUCGAUUUGCUUGCUGGACUAAAGAAGAUGGGAUGGGUAAUGAAUGAGGUUUUGCGGCUAUAUUCACCGGCACCAAAUGCACAAAGGCAAACACGCCAAGAUAUUCGAGUUGAUGACCAAAUAGUCCGUAAAGGAACCAACUUGUGGAUUGAUGUGGUGGCCAUGCAUCAUGAUCCGGCUUUGUGGGGUGAUGAUGUGAAUGAGUUUAAGCCAGAAAGGUUUAGAGAUGAUCAACUAUAUGGUGGCUGCAAAAACAAGAUGGGUUUUUUGCCUUUUGGUUUUGGAGGGAGGAUGUGUGUUGCCAGGCAAUUGGCCAUGACUGAGUAUAAGGUUGUUUUAACCCUAAUUCUCUCAAGGUUUUCUGUGCACCUUUCCCCAACUUAUUGUCACUCUCCUAGUGUUUUACUCUCCUUGAGGCCGACCUAUGGGCUGCCUCUCAGAGUUCAACCCCUUUAA